AUUAUUAUUAUUAUUUUUUCAAAUACAUAAAACUAAAAAUGAAAUUCUUAUAUGGAAUUUUAGUAUUAUUAUUUAUCACAGCAUGUGUAUUUGCUGCUGACAAAGAAACUAAAAAAGAAGAAAAGGUUUCCAAUGUUAUUGGUAUCGAUCUUGGUACUACCUAUUCAUGUGUUGGUAUCAUGAAAAAGGGUAAAGUUGAAAUUAUCCCAAAUGACCAAGGUAAUCGUAUUACCCCAUCCUAUGUCGCUUUCACUGAAACAGAACGUCUUAUUGGUGAAGCCGCUAAAAAUCAAGCCACUCUUAACCCAGAAAAUACUGUUUUCGAUAUUAAACGUUUAAUUGGUAGAAGAUUUGACGAUGAAGAAGUUCAACGUGAUAUGAAAUUAUUACCAUAUAAAAUUAUUUCAAAGAAUAAUAAACCACACGUUGUUGUUAAAGUUAAAGGUGAAGACAAAGUUUUCUCACCAGAAGAAAUUUCAGCUAUGAUUUUAACUAGAAUGAAAGAAAUCGCUGAAGCUUCACUCGGUGUUCAAGUUACCAACGCUGUUGUUACCUGUCCAGCCUAUUUCAAUGAUGCCCAACGUCAAGCUACCAAAGAUGCCGGUACAAUUGCUGGUCUCAAUGUUAUGCGUGUUAUCAAUGAACCAACUGCCGCCGCUUUAGCCUAUGGUUUUAAAGCCGAAACUGGUAAAGAAAAGAACAUUCUUGUCUACGAUCUUGGUGGUGGUACAUUUGAUGUUUCAGUUUUAUCAAUCGAAGAAGGUGUCUUUGAAGUCAAAUCAACUAAUGGUGAUACCCAUUUAGGUGGUGAAGAUUUCGAUCAAAGAAUCAUGAAACAUUUCUUAUCAGUCUUCCAAAAGAAAACCGGUAAAGAUGCCAGCAAAGACAAGAAAUCAUUACAAAAACUCAGAAGACAAGCUGAAAACGCUAAACGUGCCCUCUCAACCUCCCAUCAAACCACCAUCGAAAUCGAAAACUUCUAUGAUGGUAAAGAUCUCAUUGAAACUCUCACCAGAGCCAAAUUUGAAGAAUUAAAUAUGGAUUUAUUCAAAAAGACUCUUGAACCAGUCAGAAGAGUUCUCGAAGACGCCAAAUUCAAAAAAUCACAAAUUCACGAAGUCGUCUUAGUUGGUGGUUCAACUCGUAUUCCAAAGAUUCAACAAUUAUUAAAAGAUUUCUUCAAUGGUAAAGAACCAAAUCGUGGUGUUCAUCCAGAUGAAGCCGUCGCUUAUGGUGCUGCUGUUCAAGGUGGUAUCUUUGCUAAUGAUGAAGAAACUCAAGAACUUGUCCUCUUAGAUAUCGCCCCACUCUCACUCGGUAUUGAAACUGUUGGUGGAGUUAUGACCGCUUUAAUCCCACGUGGUACCUUUGUUCCAACCAAAAAAUCACAAGUUUUCUCAACCUACCAAGAUAACCAAGAUCGUGUACUCAUUCAAAUCUUUGAAGGUGAACGUUCAAUGACCAAAGAUAACAACUUAUUAGGUAAAUUCGAAUUAUCAGGUAUUCCACCAGCCCAAAGAGGUGUUCCACAAAUUGAAGUUACAUUCGAAAUGGAUGUUAACGGUAUCUUACACGUAAGUGCAGUCGACAAAGCAACUUCCAAAUCAGAAUCUAUUACCAUCACCAACGAUAAAGAACGUCUUUCACAAGCUGAUAUCGAUCGUAUGGUCAAAGAAGCUGAAGAAGCCGCCGAAGAAGAUAAAAAAGCCAAAGAAAAAGUUGAAGCCAAAAACAGUUUAGAAAACUACGUCUACCAAAUUAAAAACGCCAUUGGUGAUAAAGACAAAGUUGGUGGCAAGAUCGAAGAAGAUGACAAACAAACUAUUGAAACUGCCAUCGCUGAUGCCUUAUCUUUCUUAGAAUCAAACCCAACCGCUGAAAAAGAAGAAUUCGACGAACAAUACAAAGCCUUAGAGAAAAUCGUUCAACCAAUCUUCUCUAAAUUAUAUGGUCAAGCUGGUGCUGCCGGUGGUGCUGGUGAAGAAGAAUCAAUUCCAAACCAUGAUGAAUUAUAAAUACGUUAAUUUUUUAAAAAAUAAUAAUUUUAAAAAUUAUAUAAAUAAAAUGUAUAAAUAAAAAAAAAAUAUAUAU